AAAUAAAAUUCCCAAGUUUGCCCUUUACAAUCCUCGCCAUCUUGUUUUUUCGUAUCGAAAAUUAAGAAAAUUAAAACGUUCAUGCGUCAUAACGUUUGAUAUUUCGUAUUAUUGUUCACAUUUUACGAAUAUAAAAUAAUUUCUGAACCAAGUGACCCCUAAUUAUUGUCAAAAUGACAGCUGGCAAAGAAACAACGUCCAACAACACUUUGUGUUUGAUUUGCGAUGCUAGUAUGGGUGUUUCUACGAGGAAAUGCUGUCCCAUUUUUGAACAACGUGUAUCGUCUUCAGAACGCAUCAUCGUCUCAGUGAUAAGUAGCAUAUUAGGAGAGAAUUUAACCGAAGAGAAUGUACACAGUAAUGUAAUCUGUAAAAAGUGUUUUAAAACUUGUAACGAAGUCGAUGAACUAGAGGAACGACUAUCAGAGCUAAAAGUUGAAUUGAAGACCAGUUAUCAGCGUACUUAUAAAAAACAAACAUCCGGUGAGAAAGAUUCAGACUCUACGGUCACCGAAGAGAAAACCGAACAAAAGAAAAAUGAAACUAGUCCGAAAAAACGGAAACGAGGAAGGCCGAGUAAAAAAGGUCCGGCGAACAACGAUGAAGAUGAAACCACCAGUCUUAUCGAAUUACUGGAAGGUGAAAAUGAGAACGCACCUGCUAGUAAUACAGUUGCUGCUGAAAAUGGAACUGAAAACGAAGACGAAAUCAUCGAGUUGAAUGGUGAGGAAGUAGAUUCACCGGAAAGAGAAUCUAGUAAUCAAGACGUUCAAAUCAAGAUGGAAGCAAUGGAAGAUGAGGAAGAUGAAGAAAAUGAAAACGAGAAUGAUAAUGACAAUGAUAACGAAAAUGAAAACGAGAACGACGACGAUGAAGACGAGGAUGAUGAUGAAGAAAAGAAGCAAGCCAAAAAGAAACGCAAAACUGAGAAAUCUGCUAAGAAAACGAAAAAACCCAAAGAAGUUCUGAUACCUCAAAUGGUUGUUAGUCGCGAGAAUGAAACGUAUACUUGUUUGAUUUGCAACGUCGAGAACAAAUUUAGCUCCGAUGCUCGGGGAAUUACGAACCAUGUUAAAGAAAAACACGACAUUCGUUUGUACAUUUGCGACGUCUGCGGUGUUGAAUUCUUCAAGAGAAGCGAACUUUCGAAGCAUUUAGAUGAACACAUUACCAACGAAGAUGAUACGUUUGAAUGCGAUGUGUGCCAUCGAACGUUCAAUAAUUUCAGACUGUAUCGCGUGCAUAAGAAAAUGCACAAUUCAUCGCAGAAAAAUUACACCUGCGACGUAUGUGGAAAACGAUUCGGGUCGAGAAACUUGUUGGAAGAACACAACAACAUACACACCGGCGAAAGACCUUACUGUUGUUCAAGUUGUGGUAAAAGCUUCACAUCCAAGUAUACCUUGAAAUCGCAUGAAAAAACUCACGAAGAUAGACCGCGUCCGUAUCCUUGUAUUAAUUGCGGUAAAGCAUUCCUUACUCAGCAGAAUUUAAUUCACCACGAACGAAUUCAUUCUGGAAUUAAGAAUUAUAUUUGUCAAGAGUGUGGAAAAUCAUUUAAUACGGCGCGUAAUCUGGAAACUCAUUGUGUGAUUCAUACCGGCUUCAAGCCUUUCAUCUGUCGUCUUUGCGGCAAAGCUUUCAGUCGCAAGCCAGAAAUACGAGAUCAUGAGCGUACUCACACCGGAGAAAAGCCUUAUCAGUGUGAAUUUUGCGGCGCUUCCUUCGGCCAAAGAAGCAAUUUGCAAUCGCAUAAAAGAUCUACUCAUUACGAUGAUAAACGGUAUAAAUGUACUGACUGCGGUCGAGCGUUCAAGAGAAGGCGUCUUUUAGAUUAUCACAUGAAAGCUGCCCAUACCGGAGAACGACCUUACAAAUGUACUAUUUGUUUGGCGACCUUUAUUUAUCCGGAACAUUUCAAAAAACACAAGCUUAUCCAUACCGGAGAGAAGCCCUACGAAUGCGAAGUCUGUGGUAAAGCGUUCAACAGUAGGGAUAACAGGAAUGCUCAUCGUUUCGUUCACAGUGACAAAAAACCUUACGAAUGUCUGGUAUGUGGCCUCGGAUUUAUGCGAAAACCGUUACUCUACAAUCAUAUGAAUACUGCUGGUCAUCAAAACGAUACGAUUGUCGUAAAUCAACCGCGAUUAACCACCGAUGAAGUUCUUACGAAUAUCAGUACCACUUCUACGGCUACUGCUAUCCAACCUCAAAUUGAGAUGACCAUUAUCACCGACGAAGAAGGAAACCAAAAACUUGUGCCUACUAAUUCUUUGACUCAGGAAGUUGGUCCUGAUCAAAAACUUUACAUACACGAGAUGAAAGAACAUAUUCUUAUACCAGAUGAACAGAAUCCUAAUCAGCAACACAAUCUUCAUAUCGUUAUGGAUGGUCAAGUUGAGGUUCAGUACGCUUCUCAGCAUGAAUUAGGAACCGUGCACCAUGUUCAAACUGCCAACGCUAUAGUUCCAGACGAUAUUCAAAUUACUUCAGAUGGUAGCGCCGUGGUUGUGCCGCACUCUGAAAAUAGUACCAUCACAUAUCAUCAAGAACCCGCUACCAUCAAAACAGACAGCGGUCCUAUACAAAUCGUUCAAAUUAGAUUGUCGGAAGACAGCGAAGAACAGAAACAAUGGAUUAAUUUGCUGCAAGCUCAGCAUCAAGCUUAAAGAUCUCAACCGAUGUGAGAUUUUUCAUCUACUGCACUCGAAAUAUUUUUCGAUUUUUCCCAUUUGUGUUAUUGUUUGUGUAUUGAUAUUUUUAAUGUUUUGUUUACGAGUUGUUUUAAAGAUCGAACGUAUUUUCAGAUUUCUGAAAUAUGUAAUAGUUAUAGUAUGUGCGUAAUUACUGUCUUAACUGACAGAUGAAUUGAUCAGUUUUGAUAGCUGUAGUCUAUAAGUUGCGAUGUGAGACGAAGUUUUCACGCCAUGAGUUUGUUUUCAAAUUGAAAUCGAGUUCACGAUUAAGUUUUGUUAUUGUUAAGGAUUUAAUUCUAACUCGUCUUUGUUAAUUAAUGCUGUAUUGUACACAUUUGUUUCAAGGUCUAUUUAUUUUACUGUACAUAAGUAUUAUUUCGUAACGUCAAGUUAAUGCUUUUUGUAUUGUUUAUUUUUUAAACAAAAAUAAAAUUCAUUUUGCCUAAGUGA